GCUGUUUUGGCUGAUUCUGCUGAAAUUUAUGAUAUUCUGGCUGGAGUGGCUGUUUUGGCUGAUUCUGCUGAUUUAAGAAAAAAAUAUUUUAAAAAUAUAUUUUAUUAAUAAAUUAAAGAAAAAAUUAUAUGUAAAAAUAGCUAAAAUGGUCCUCUACAGUAACUUCAGCCAAUACAGCCAGAAAAGUAACUCCAACCUUACUUUUUCGGCUUAUUACACAAUUCAGCGCACGAAAGUAAAAGUUACGUGUUUGGUGAAAAAGCUGGCUGAUAAGCCUGAUAAGCCGAAAACAGAGUUCUCCAAACGGGCUCUGUAUAUGAUCGGUUUCAAUUCGAUUUAGUUCAAUUUGGUACAAUUCAAUUCGGUUAAACAAAACCGAUACACCUACCCCUAGAUGAAACAAUGGGAAUGGGAAUUUGGAAUGCAACAUCAGGUUAAGCAUGUGUUGUAUAGGUAAAAGUUCACAAGGGUUAGGUCUCGGGUUCGAAUCCCGACAACUGCGAUGAGGGGUUACUAUGCUGAAAAAUGCAUAGGGCUCCUGCAAGUACCGGAGACAGAGCCCCACUCUCUAUCUGUCAGAUUGUGAUUAUAGUCCAACUUACAUCCUCCCAUCGUGCCGUCCGGUCGGUGUUGGGGGGCCCUCAGGGAUGGGGUGUCAUCCUUUUUUUGUAUAGGUAAAAGUUUAAGAGAUACUACGGGAGUGUUUGUAACUGCUUCUGUUUAAAAAAAGCACUUUUGAAGAUGUAAGAACAAAGUGAUUAGUAAAAGUUGAUAGUGUUUGAGAAAAAGAGAUUUUGAAAAGUAAAAGUUGGUAGUGUUUGGUAAAAUAAGUGAUUUUUCUGUAAUAGAAAAGGGAAAAACACUUUUCACACGCUAGCCGGGAAAAAAUAAAAAUUGAUAGUGUUUGGUAAAUAAGUGUUUUUUAAGCUAAAAAGUGAAAUGUGCUUUUUUUAAGCGGUUACAAAGACUCCCGUCCAAAUUGGAAUAACGCAUACGUAGAACUACAUACUACGCAAAUCUUUUAUAAAAAUAAAAUAUAACUACUCUCGAAUCAAUUUUAUUUUAUUUUAUUAUCUUAAAACCCACUCUCCCAUUCACCGCGCGAAGUCGUUUUGCUGUUUUUUUUCAAAGUCUAAUUAGUUUCACACUCCCCGCGCUCGAAUUUAAUCAAUUCCUAAAAUUGCUCUGGCGCAGGUUAGCUUAUCCCGGCGGAUUAAUGGAAGCGGAACAGAUCCACUGCAAAUUUAGAAAAGAUUUGAAAGAGGUAGCUUGAAAGCCACACUGCUUUUCAAUGGUCGCCCCCAGGAAGAGAGUUCACGCGGUACACAUUCGUCGUGGCCCUGAUGGAAGUGCCUUCCAACAAUGCGAAAGCUGUGGCCUUUCUGUAGCAAUUGCUCUGGCUGAUCUGCAUGAAUGCGGAGGUAAAAGGGAUGCCACCAACAAGGCCAAAACUCAAUGCCUGAGCAAAGAAAAAAAAGGGCUGAAGAGUAGAAAUGGUGAAGAACUGAGGUUUCAAGAUCAACCCAGAUCAGCGUUUCGCUUAUUUAUGGAGGAGUUUGAGAAGACAUGUCAUGAUGAGAAUGAGAUUGAUGUUGAUAGGAGAGGAUUUCAAACGUGGAGGAACAUGUCAAAGAUGGUACUAUGAGCUAUAAUGGAGAGGAAACCCUAUGAAGUUCGAGCGGCAAAUAUAUGUUCAGCUUACUUAAAAUGCUUAAUCGAGGAGGAGAAUAAUAUAAUGCGGGUGAAUGAUGAAGCUGAUUCAGCUGAGGUUCGGAAUUAUGACGAGGAUUCUGAUGGGUUCUUGAGAUAUGAUUCAGAUGAAAGCAAGAGCCUCAGCUCCUACUUGAAUUGGAAAUCGAAGCAUGAGUGGUUGUUUCAUUGAAAGCCCUGGUGAUUCAGAGUAUCAUUCAUUCAUUGUUGAAGUUUUGACAGAUAUAUGCAUUAGAAGUAGUACUAAGUAUAGAGAUAUUGGGGCAUUAAUCUUUGAUGUUAUCGAGAGGCUCAAGGUUCUUGGUUGCUUGUCGAAUCUCUGUGACUCUCUUUCCUGUAUAUAAGCUGAUGAUUUUGAUAAAAAGAAUCUUCAGGACGCUUUUUGUUUACCCCAAGUUCCCAACCACACUGUUAUCUCAAUGGGGGAUUGGAAGAUAUCUGUAAUGAUAUGAUUUUGAAAUUUCCUUGUUAAUUAAUCAUUUUCUUUAGAAUGUUGAAACAUAAAGGGG